AUGCCGGCUAGAAAGUUAACGGUUUACGUUAGUAUGGCUGUAGGAAUAACUGGACUGUCAGUCUUAGGAAUCAUUCUCCAAAUUCGGCGAAAGAGAUGUUCUGAGCUGCACACGUUUAGUUCGAUGCUACGACAACAUGUAGAGUACUGCAUAUUUUCCCUCUUCGGGACGAGAAUGACACGAAAGUUGGAAAAAGACAGCAUCGGUUUCAUCCAAGUACAAGAAGAAACGUUGCUUAAGAUUCUUAAGAGCAACGCUGAUACGGAAUAUGGAUUAAAAUACAAUUUUGGUGGCAUUAACGACAAGGCCAAGUAUGUCAGUCGACACCCGCUAACGAGAUACAAGCAUUACGAAUCUUAUAUAGGUAAGGCGUGUUAUCAUAAAACUACAGAAUUGAAAAGAUCUGCGCGUGUGUGUAGAACUGCAAUUAAUAUAAUUAGACAAAGCAAAAACAGUUUUAUUUUUUUAUAUGAUAAGCUAUAGACUUUGUGACUGAAUGAAUGAGUGAAUGACCAAUUGACUGAACGAUUGAUUAGAUAACUGUCUGACUUACUGAUUGAUGGAUUAACUGCUUAAAUGCUUGACUUAAUUGCUGCUUGACUCAGUGACCCAAUGACUGACUGACCAACUGACUGACUGGCUGAUUGACUGACUGACUGACUGGCUCACUGAUCAGCUAACUGACUGACUGAAGGAGAAAAAGACACACUGUAAGGAGGAAAUGACAUACAAAUUUACACACUGCCUUUCCUCACUGCAGUUCCAUCUCUUCCAUGCAGGGGACAAUCUUGUCAACUUGGAGUCCUCAACGUACCUUUUAGUCCUAAUUAGACAUUUCAUAUAAGAGUGAAAUUAUGUAUCUUAUGCUUACAGAAAAGAUCUCUCAGGGUGAGAAGAAUGUUCUCACUGCAAAGGACCCUUACCAGCUGGGUGUCACCUCUGGAACCUCAGGCAAAAGCAGUCUACUUCAAACUACGAAUGACAUCCCUCGCAUCUUUUUCACCAAUGGUGUACUUGUUGGUAUAAAUACCAUGUUUGAGGCCUAUCCUGGGGUAAGAAACCAAUCAGAUGCCUGGGGUGUGAGACAAAUCAAAUCCCAAGUAUAUGGAACAAAAGAAAUCUAUGGGAUAGGAAACCCUUAGUACAAAAAAAGGAAAUCUAUGGGGUCAGAAACAAUUCAAAUCCCUGUGAUAGGAAACAAAUCAUAUUCCUAGGAUAAAAAACACAAAACAAAUCUUUGGGAUUUAAGAAACAACUUAGAUACAUGGGGAAUAAAGCAGAUCAAAUCCCUGGAGUGAGAAAAAACCAGAAUCCCUUAGGGUAAGACAUCCCUGGCAAAAGAAACUGUUCAAAUUCCUGGGAUGGGAAUUGAAUCCCCUAGGAUAACACACAAAUCAAAUCCCUGAGGCAAGAAACAAAUGGAAUCCUUGAGUAAAGAAAAUAUAAAAUCCCUGAGUUAAGAAAAUAUCAAAUCCCUGGGAUUCGAAACAAAUCAAAUCCUAGGGCAAGAAUCAAAUCAAACCCUUCAUGGUGUAUUCUUGACUGUUGGUAAUGCAUACAUGACUGUAGCAAAAGUUAAUACUCAGCUAUCUACCAAUGUUUCUUCUCUGAAACUUUUCCAAACAGUCCUACCAGCUGCAGAAAAGCUUGAAGUUCUUUUAUUCACCUAAGUGGUGCUACACAUCCUCAGGCCUGCCCAUUGGUCCAAAUUCCUCUUCACCCAGCAACUCACAACGAAUCCUCCAUCUCUACACCACUCCAAAAGCAGGUUUUGACAUCAUGACUGAACCAGAGGCCUUGUAUAUUCACUUGCUGUUUGCUUUAAAGGAUCGAAAUCUUGGCAUUUUGGAGGCAAAUUUUGCUCAGCUGGUGUAUUCAGGGCUUCUUGCACUUGAGGCUCAGUGGAAGUUACUCGUGGAGGAUGUUGAACUUGGAAGGGUGAAUCCAAUUUUGAACAUCAAGGAAGAUGUGAGAAGGUAAUUAUAACUGGGUGAGCACACUGGCCCUGCGGUGAAGAACUGCAGGCUCAAGAGUAAGCCUGGGCACUGUAUUGUGUUUAUGAGAAGGGCACUUUACCCUCAAAGUGCCCAUGUUUGUGGGGUGAUGGGGUGGUGAGCUGCUUGUUGGGGGGAGGUGACCUGUGGUCUGAAUUGUUACUGCAUCAAUUUUUGAAUUUUUUUUAUUGUUAGACCUAAUUUUGUUCCAUACCUCUAGGUGAUUUAUAAUUAUUAAUUAUUUUUAUGAUUCAUAAUUAUUCUUUGUAUUUCUUAUUCUUCCAAGUAAACUAGAUAGUCUCCUCAAACCUGACAAAGAACGAGCUGUGGAACUGGAGAGAGAAUUUACCAAUGGAUUUGAUGGAAUUGUGAGGAGGGUAUGGCCACAUAUUAACUUAGUCCUGGCUUGUUCUACAGGUACAUUGAUUCAAUACUUUUAAUCCAUAACAAAGAUCUAAUUUAUCUUUUCAGAAAGUAGACAAGGGUACAGAAUUAAGACAAUGAUCAUCGUUUUUCCUGACUCCUCUCUUGAACUGAUAACGAGCUCCGUUAUAGUGAAAUACGCCCCUUUAACCUUUUAACCCUUUAGUGACCAGCAUAUAAUUUCUCCUUACAAUAUCACCCCUGAAUCACACAUUGAGGUCAUGAGAAUAAGGGAAAUGAUCUCUAACCAAAGAGGCUUUUGAUUGUUAAACAAAUUCUCCUUGUCGUCAGUUUAAGGAAUGUAUAGAGAACAGUAUGGAGAAUAUGCAUACUGAUAGUAGGGUUUAAAGGGUCAACGAUAACCGGUAUUCAUUUUCCGAUGUGAUGUUGAAGGCAAUCUGGAUUAACAACUUUCUUUUUCCGCGGUUACCCGUGCUUCGUCACGUAGUAUUGUGUGACAAGCUCUAAUCAAUACCUUCAGUGGACCGCAUAACAUGUAUACAGGAGCUAAAUCGCUAGAAAAAAAUCAAGCGACGUUUCAAUCUAAUUACAUCGAUACUCAGCCAAACACCUCUACCUCCUCCCUUCCAAGGUUCAUCGGAGCUGUAUGCCAGCAAACUUAAGGAGAAAUAUUUGGGAGACGUGCCAAUUUACUCGCCGUUUUACGGAUCUACUGAAGGUUUGAUCGGAGUUAAUCUGUGGCCACGAGAAACGACCCCAGUUUACAUGCUGGUGCCCCGCGCAAUGUUCUUUGAGUUCAUUCCAGUGGAAGAAAGCAGUCAAGAACAGCCGAAGGUAAGGAGGAUUUAACGUGCCUUAUUUUUUUAAAAGCUCAAAGCAUAGUAAUCUGGGAUCGCAUUUGAUUGCUUCGCUGCGCUCUGUCAUUGGUCCAGAAAACUCGUGCCACCCUUUCAACCAAUCAGAUGCACGUUUUAUCGCCCCAAGCAGUUUGCAAAUUUUUAAUUUUUCUUCGUUGGCCCCUGGUAACAUAUUUUCUUGGUUUUGAUGGGCCGUUGUCAAAACUUUGCUUUCAGUUUUACGACACUAACUCAUCAUGUACUUUACGAAUCUCCUGGAUGAAAAUUGCAAGAACUUUUACUUUUUACUUUUGACUUAAGGCUUCAACUGUUUUUAUACUGGAACAAAAUAAUUUGCCUGUGAUCUAAAUAUGAUCGUCUAGAUUUUUUUUUUGCGGCUUCAAAUGGAUUAUUUUAAGGAUUAGAGUGGAUACAAAAAGGGACAGGUUAAGGGAAUAUUGCGUAGUAAGGAAACUCGGUGUUGUUUCAGGGAAGCCAAGUGGCCUUAUGGGUAGCACGCUGGAUCGAGAAGUCAUGGGUCGAGCCCAGAUCAGAGUUGCCUUUCCAAUCGACCAAAAGUUUCAGAGCAAUCGAGUAAUAUUCAAUUAAAGGGGGUAUGUUUCUAAAGAAACUGUGGUGCUGCGUCGGUGGGAGAGUAUAACAGGGUAAUUAAAUAUUAUCAACUGAGUUUCGCUCUGACGAAGGGCGAACGCUCCAAACUUCAGCUGUGAAACUCUUCACGGUGGCUGAUUUACGUUAUCAACUCAGUUGAUAACACUAAAUUAACCCGUGAUAUUCGAAUGACCAUUAUCUCUGUAAUGGAGUUUUUCUCUCGCGGUGGAAAUGUAAAUGUUUUCCAAACAGAGGUACCAUGUGUUUAAUUCAGAACUGUUCUGAUAUGGUGACGUAAAUUUCUGUUUUACAGACGCUGUUUGGUGAAAACAUAGAAGUUGGAAAACUUUAUGAGUUGGUAGUGACAAACCCUAGUGGACUGUACCGUUACAGAAUCGGAGAUGUUGUCAAGAUUGCUCGUUUUCACAACAGUUGCCCUGUAGUAGAAUUCCAGUAUCGUCAAGGGCAAAUACUCAAUGUUCGAGCCGAAAAAACGUCCGAGCGCGUUUUCUACGACGCACUUACGGCCGCACUUGGCGAGGAAGGACAGAAGCUUCAGAUGGUAGAUUACACAUGCGCGGAAAGCGUUAUGUUUAGCACGCAGAAUCACGUAAUGAGUGAUGAACUAAAAAGUGUGGCGCCAUUUUAUGCUUUGUUUAUAGAAUUGAGUGACACGGAACUGAAGGAAGAUGAUAUAAAAGGUCUUGAACAGAAGGUAUGUUUGUGAAGCGGUUGGUACAAGCCUCCUCCUUAGUAACUACGAACCCUCUUGCUCUGCGCUAUCCUUCUUCGCGUUGAGAAAUUACCUAGGCCUUUAACAAUAGACCAUCAUCAUCGUUAUCAUCAUUAAACCUUUGACCCCCUGAGGGUAACAAGCAUCUAAUUUCUCCUUACAAUAUCACCCCUUAGUCACAAUGACGAGUUACGAGAAUAAAGCAAAUGAUCGCCAAUUUAAGAAGCUUUUGAUUGUUAAACAAAUUCUCCUUGUCAGUACCCUAAGAAAUGUAUGAAGAACAUUAGGGAGAAUAUUCAUAUUGAUGUUCCACCAUUAGGGUGAACACAUCGUCACUCUUCCCUUUUCCUUAACGAAAACCAUCCAUUCAGCGCGCGCUGGUCAACAGGAAAAUUAUUCGCAAGCUCUCAAAAUCCUAACAUUUUUUUGAGUUGAAAGUUAAGCAAACUAUUAUGACCGGACAAAUCACGAAAGUAUGCGUUACUGAUGUAUCCUUCAAUCACAGAAUUUUUUCCUUUUUUCAGUGGCUUUUCAUGCCGCGUCGUUCUUUUGAACAUUUCGUGUCUCUUCUGCAAUAUUGCCCACGUUUUCUGGUUGUUUCCUUUCGUCUAAUUGGAAUUUUAUUCUUUUGUUUCCCACAUCUUAGAUCGACAAGGCGUUAUGUAGAUUCAGUCCUGUUUAUGAGUCGUUUAGACGCAAGGGAAGCAUAUCUUGCUUAAAACUCUUCGCAGUUAGAGAAGGAACAUUUUGCGAACUGCGACAAUAUCUGCUCCGCAACAAUCCUGCGGCGGCUAAUCAAAUAAAAAUACCACGAGUUGUGAAGACGAAAGAGACGCUCGACAUCUUGUUGAGAAAUAGGACAAUGUAA